AGCUGGAGCGAUCGGCUCGAAGAGUGCGGCGGGUGAGAGCGUCUCGCGCGAUGCUUCUGGCGAUCUGGGCAUCGCUGGCUGCGGUGGCGUUGGGGGACGGCGAGUUCCUCUUUAGCACCACCACUACGGCGGCACAGACGCCCGUGCCCGUUGUGUCGGCGGAUUGCAAUCCCUUCCGCGGCACCCGCUACAUCACCAUCGGCAACGGCAACGGCAUCCAAGCAUCGCAGUGCACAGCCAGCUGGGACCUCUACGAGAUCAGGGUCUUUGACGAGAACGACAAUCAGCUGUCUGUCACGGCCACUUCGAACACGGGCUAUGACGACCCGUACACUCCGUUCAAAGCCGUGGACGGCAGCACGGCCACAUUCUGGGCAGGGGACCAUGAUGUCGGGAUGAGUUGCAGCUGCUGGGACGACGGCAAGAAGGACGGCCAGGCCAUCAGAUUGGACCUGGGCUCAGAGAAAACCGUGAGCCGAAUCCAGCUUGUCCAGGGUGGCGCCGAUGACCAGUGGGCCGUCUCAAAAAUCCGUGUGCAUUGCCACAGCUCCAGCCUGAACUCCAACCCCCUUGAGUUGGGCAUCUCCAUGGGCACCACGGACAUUACCUGCGGCAUAAACGGAUGCUCUGCCAGCGUCCUCAACCCCGGCUACGCGGACACCUGUGAUGGGAUCACCGCUGCAGCGGGUGCGGCGAGCUUUGGCUUGGCGAUGCUGGUGGGUCUCGGCCUUGCAGGUCAAUGAGGCCAGGCUGGCCUUUGACAAAGCCACCGAGUCGCGGGUGAAAUCGCCGUUGGCAAAGCCACGGCGUUCAGGGCUUGUUGCCCUGCGGAUUCCGCAGGCUAUGCUUGUUUUGAUUGUGGCCGAUUCGGAUUUGGGGGUAAAACGUCAUAUUCGAC